UCUGAAAGUGACGUCAGGGCCUAUUCAAGCCAGCCGCACAGGCAGGGUGUCCGUGGUACAGGUGGUAGUUCCGUAGGUCUGAGAAAUUGGUCCGAGGUGAGUGGUCGUGCUGUGGUCGCAGAGGCUGCCGCUUCGUGAUGGCGAGCAAGACCGAGCGCGAGAAGCAGAAGCAGAUACAAGACAAGUGCCAGGCCAUUUUGGGCCAACUUCUUCGGGAAGAGGACAACAAAUACUGCGUUGACUGCGACGCUAAAGGACCGCGAUGGGCCUCGUGGAACCUGGGCAUGUUCCUUUGUAUUCGUUGCGCGGGCAUACACCGGAAUCUUGGUGUCCAUAUAUCACGGGUCAAGUCAGUCAACCUGGACACCUGGACUCCCGAGCAGGUGGCCUGCCUCCAGCAGAUGGGCAACAGCAAGGGAAGAGCAGUGUAUGAAGCUAACCUACCAGACAACUUUAGACGUCCUCAGACAGACUCGUCCCUGGAGGCCUUCAUCCGCUCAAAGUAUGAGCAGAAAAAGUACAUAGCCAAAGAGUGGGUGCCACCUCCCAUGCCACCUCCUGCUUUCGACAUUGAGCAAGAGCGUCGCAGGGAGAAGGACAAAAAACGACCAAAGCCAAAAGCAUCCACUGGUGAUGUCUCGGCACCUACAGUGAACAAGGUUGUGCUGCCAAGACCUCAGAGUACUGCUACGCCUGUCCCUGUUGUCAACGCCUCUCAAAACACGGCUGACUUACUUGGGCUCGAUAUUGAUGCAUCUGGAAGCACUGCUUGUGGACCACAGGCAGAGGAAGAUCCAUUUGAUGAGUUCUUAAGUGCUGCCCCCGUCGCCGCUGCUGUUUCGGCAUUGGACCCCUGUGCUGAGGAGAAGGCCUUCUUCGGUCAGACUACAGAGCGGCGCAAUGUACUCACCAAGGAGUCGAUCCUGUCCCUCUACGGCACCACACAGCCUCCAGCCUUCGUUGCACCUGCUGCCGGAAUGCCCAUGCAGGCUGUCUACGGAAUGGCACCUGGUGGUGGUUACACAACUCCAAACGUGUUUCUCCAAGGGCUUGCAUCGAUGCCUGGAGGCAGCAUGCAUCUUCCUCAGCAGCAGCAGCAGCAGCACAUGCCGGGGAGCAGCACCAGUGAGACGGGCGAGGUGCAGCCGUUUCCCAGCAACCCCUUCUUGAGCCCAGUGACGCAGCCAGGCAACUUGCCCCAGCUGCAACAGCAGAUGGCUGGCCUGCAGCUCAGUGCCAGCAAUGCUGCCUGGGGGGGGCACACGGCUGUGGGACGUGUGCCGUGGUCCAGCAACCCAGCUCACCAGGCGCACACACUCUCCACUAACCUCUGGCAGUGAGGACGGUGUCUGGUAGGGACGAAAAUUGGCUGCGCGGCUCCACUUCAUCCGGACCUUGCACCUUGGCUUCAUAUCCUGGAAGUAAAUGAUGCCACAGAGCCUGAAACAUGGAAUGCUAGUAGCAGGAAGCGUUUUGCCCACUUAAGUUAUUUAUAUCUGCACGGUCAGAGGUUUGAAGAAAGGCUGUGCCACAAUCCUGUACCUAGUUUUUUUCCCCCCCAAGUCAUCUUUGAAGCCAUGCCCUUUUUUCUAAAGGGCUCAAGACCAUGUAAUUGUACAGUGUUGCCUUGCACAAAAAUGUACCAUUUGAAAGCUCGUGCUGUAAUUUAUUUUUUAAUUGAGAAGAAAGCUGAGCUUGCUGCACUGCUAGUUUAUGUGGAAGGAUAAGGAAGGACUGUAGGCUACCCUUCUGUGCUUUGCUUCAAAAAAGAAAAGAAAAAAAAAAACUUAUUUGCUUUCUUACUUCUUAGCACUCUUAUGUACCUUUACUUUUACAGUCCUAAUAACUUCACUGGUGGAGGUGUUGCAAGACUAAUCUCCUUUCAAUUUCUUUUCUUUUUACUCGGUUUGAUAUUACUUUGCUAGACAAUGACUUUUUGCAUAACCUUAGUUUUUGUUGCGUCCAUCUGUGGUUUUGGCAUAGUUUAGGGAAUGGACAGGUGCAAGCAGCUUUGUUUCAAUGGGCUCAGUCAUAGUUCAUGUUUUCUUACCUGGGAACUGUGCGUUUAAUGGCAGACAUGAAAAAAAGCUGGUGUAAAAUAGACAAUGAAUUUUUGCUGAUUGUUUUUUUAGUCAGAGGUCCUUUUUUUAACGAGGCUCAGCAAGUGUUUUUGUUAAGAAGCUCUAGCCAUCGCUUUUUGCAACACAUUGUUCUGCAUGAAUAAAAAAAUGUUGCAAUGAUUUUCUAGUGUGCUGUUGAAGACAUUCCAGUUGUUGCUUAGUUUAGUUUUUCACACAAUCUUGUCUGUAUUUCGACAAGCUGACUGAACAUCAUUGCCUUUGUAAAACCAUUUGUUGUACAAUUUUUUCUUUUUUAACUUUUGCAAAAAAAAAAAGUAAAAGAUACAGUAUAAUGAUUCUGUCAGUUCUGUUGUCCGAGUUCCUUGUCCUGAAUAAAGUUAAGUUGUCAUUGGAUAACUGGGCCACCA